UUAUUUUUCAUAUAUCUACUUUCAUAAUUCAUUCGAGCAGUGAUAAAGAAAAAGUCGUAGAAAACCAAAACAACCAAAACACAAUUUAAUCAUUUUUAUACCAAAUAAAACUAAUACCAAUAUGAAGAAAAAGGUCCUUUUGAUGGGCAAAAGUGGAUCUGGUAAAACCAGUAUGAGAUCCAUUAUUUUUGCCAACUACAUAGCCAGAGACACCACCCGACUUGGAGCGACAAUUGAUGUUGAACAUUCACAUGUUAGAUUUCUGGGCAAUCUUGUACUCAAUCUUUGGGAUUGCGGAGGGCAAGAGUCAUUCAUGCAACAAUACUUUGCGUCGCAAAAAGACAACAUUUUCCGAAAUGUAGAAGUCUUGAUUUAUGUGUUCGAUGUAGAGAGCAGAGAACUGGAGCGUGAUGUUCACUAUUAUCAAUCUUGUCUGGAGGCACUUUUGCAAAACUCUCCAAAUGCAAAAAUAUUCUGCCUCAUUCAUAAAAUGGAUCUGGUUGCGGAAGAGCAACGAGAGAGUUUAUUUAAAGGGCGAGAAGAAGAUUUAAUUCGUUUGUCUCGUCCCGGCAACAUUACUUGCUUCAGGACAAGCAUUUGGGAUGAAACCCUAUACAGAGCUUGGUCUAGCAUUGUUACAAUGCUCAUUCCUAAUGUAGCCGCGCUAGAAAACUCUCUAGCCCACUUCGCUAACGUCAUUGAUGCCGACGAAGUUCUUCUCUUUGAAAAGGCUACAUUUCUUGUGAUAUCACAUUGUCAGAGCCGACAAUAUCGAGACUCUCAUCGUUUUGAAAAAGUCUCCAACAUCAUCAAACAAUUUAAACUAAGCUGUUCGAAACUAGGUGCAAAGUUCCAAUCGAUGGAAGUGAGAAACAGUGUAUUCGCCGCAUUUAUUGACACCUUUACUAGCAACACAUACAUUAUGGUAGUCAUGUCGGAUCCCAGCAUGCCGUCCGAAGCGACUUUAGUCAAUAUUCGAAAUGCUCGAAAAUACUUUGAAGAGCUAGAGAAUCCCAAUAGUAAUGCUGUGAGUCAUCAAUAUCACUGAGAUUAUAAUAUCGAAAGUUCGCCAUAUUCGUAGCUAGUUAUUCGCUUCUUCUUGACUUUUUGUUUUCUCUUUUUUUUUUUCUUUUGUAAUAGAAGCAAAGUUGUUUCUCCGUUU